AUGGCGAUUGCCAUCUCCCAAGCGGUUCUGCAACACCGCGCUUCACUACCCUUUGGUGUACCCGGCACUGAUACUGCACUCAAAUUCAAGCAUUACAGGGUAACCGGCAACAUGAUCAGCGGGUGGGUCAGCUGUUUCGUUUUCUGGCACUGUCGAACGCCUCUGUUGCUUGUGCUUUGUUGUGAUUUUCCCGAACGGCGGCGGCGCAACAGCACAAGAAAACGCCUUGUUCCACUGCGAAAAACCGAUGCGAUGAGCCAUGCAGAACGACGGAAUUUUGUGAUUCUCGACGACGUUUGGCGGUCGGGAGGCAGCGAGUGUUUUCAGAUAAUCCCUCCAGGCGCAAUCGGUCCCGAUGGGGAGCCGCUGUUUCUGCGACUGAACAUUGGAGGAACACGGUACAUGCUGCUCGUGGACGCGCUUCUUCGGGCAGAGCCUUCCGGUUUUCUUGCAAAAUUUGUUGCCGACGCAUACGUUGCUGCAGAGGACUCGUAUUUUUUCCAACGAUCACCUUUAGCUUUUGAUGCGAUAUUCCAAUAUUACGCGACCGGAGUCGUACAUCGUCCGUCCGAGGUGAGCACUUUGACUACAAUUCGCUCAUUGGCAAACCGUCAGCCAGCCGUUUUGCCAUUUCAACUGACAAGUGACACCAUUGUUCGUCAGGUGUGUCCGGCUUCCUUUCUCUCGGAGCUCGACUUUUGGCGCAUCUCUCAUCAGCACGUGGGCUCUUGCUGCGCCGACAUUGUCCCUCAGAAAAGAGAGGAAGAAAAAGAGGAAGAAAAGGUUGACGACACGACGUUUGAUAACUUGAUGUUCGGUAAAGUGCGACGGCGAAUGUGGACGUUCCUCGAGCGGCCUGGCUCGUCAAUGCAAGCAAAGGCCUUCGAGCUUUCCUCCACACUCUUCGUCGCCAUUUCUGUCAUGGGCCUCAGUUUCGGCACAAUUCCCGACUUCCAGGUGACGCACUACAUGCCCCCACAAAACGAGACGAUCGUGCUGCCUAAUGGCACGGUGAGUGUGGUGGAAAAGGUGGAGGAGAUGCGAGUUGAACAUCCUGCAUUCGUGUUCACCGAACGGAUCUGCAUAGCCUUCUUCACCGUUGAGUACUGCUUGCGAUUAUUUGCCGCCCCCCGGAAACUGCGUUUCGCUCUCAAGCCGCUGAAUCUUGUCGAUCUUCUUGCGAUCGUGCCCUUCUACCUAGAACUGCUGCUCACGUUGUGCGGAGUAGACGACAAGAAACUGCGAGACUUGCGAUGGGCCUUUCUCGUUGUGCGGAUUCUGCGAGUGCUGCGAGUUAUCCGAAUCAUCAAGCUCGGUCGUUUCUCGUCCGGUCUGCAAACAUUCGGCAUGACAUUGCAGCGGUCACAGAAGCAACUCCAGAUGAUGACGAUCGUGCUGCUGACGGGUGUCGUGUUCUUCUCGACAAUGAUUUACUUUCUGGAGAAGGACGAGGACGGCACGCCAUUUACGAGCAUACCGGCGGCAUACUGGUGGUGUAUCGUGACCAUGACCACAGUUGGCUAUGGCGACGCUGUUCCUGCUACCACCAUGGGCAAAAUCAUCGCGUCGGCGGCCAUCAUGUGCGGAGUGCUGGUACUGGCGCUGCCGAUCACAAUCAUCGUCGACAAUUUCAUUAAAGUGGCGCAGGAUGAGCAGCAAGCGGAACAGACGAAGCUAGACAGUAGCAGGCAAGAACUCGCUCUUCAGUCCAUGUUGCACGGUGACGAAGACUGA